AUGACUACGGCUCCUCUCGACACUCACACUGCUGCGCAUCGCUCCCUAUCCCCACAUUCUGGGAUCAGCGAGGUCUCCAACGAGCGCUUCCCCUCUUUUGAAGAUGAGCCACGCCGCACAAGCCUGGCGCAGAUCUCAGAGAGUCCCUUAGAGACUAGUACUCCAAUCGUCCCGGAAUACAAGUGGCCGGGCAGGUCUAACAGUCAACGGGUGGGUCGCGCUGGUGGUCACAAGCAUAGGAGAAGUGUGAGCGAGGCCCUGAACAAGUUUCGGACCCGGCAAGGAAGUGUGGGCGAGAAUGCGCACGAACUGGCCGAAGCAUUGAGGGCGCCGGUGUCUUAUAAGUUGAUUGCACUCUGCAUUGGAUGGUACAUGACCUCCGCUCUCACCAACACCUCGUCGAAGUCCAUCCUUAACGCUUUCGACAAGCCGGCAACGUUGACCAUUAUCCAAUUCGCCUCGGUGUCGAUGUGGUGCUUCAUUCUGGCAUCUUUGGCCUCCAUCUUCCCGUCGCUGAAGCGAAGAAUACCGCCCCUUAAAAAUGGAUUGCGAAAACCUUCGUUCGACGUACUGCAGACGGCCCUCCCCUUAUCCAUCUUCCAGCUCCUGGGCCAUCUGCUCAGUUCCUAUGCAACCUCAAAAAUCCCUGUAUCAUUAGUGCAUACCAUCAAGGGCUUGUCACCGCUCUUCACUGUUUUCGCAUAUCGAGUCUUCUUCCGGAUCCGAUACAAGCGGGCAACAUACCUGUCCCUCAUCCCUCUUACGGCUGGAGUAAUGAUGGCGUGCUCGGCUGAUUUCAGUGCGAACUUCUGGGGCGUUUCGGCCGCAUUCGUCGCGGCUCUCGUCUUUGUUACUCAGAACAUAUUUUCCAAAAAGCUGUUCACCGAAUCCUCGCGCGCGGAAGCUGAGGGCCAAACUCAUCAUGGCGGCAAGCUGGACAAGCUCAACCUCCUCUGUUAUUGCUCCGUCGGCGCAUUCAUGUUUUCAGCACCAGUCUGGUUCUAUACCGAAGGUGCCUCUAUCAUGGGCGAUUUUCUCAAAGAUGGCGCGGUGGAUCUGUCCAAGAAAAAAGGCAGUCUGGACCAUGGCGAACUGGCGUUUGAGUACAUCCUCAAUGGCUUGUUCCAUUUCUUCCAGAACAUCCUGGCGUUCGUGCUGCUAUCGUUAAUGUCGCCAGUUUCGUACUCGGUGGCGUCACUCAUCAAGCGCGUCUGGGUGAUUGUGGUGGCAGUGGUGUGGUUUCGGAGUUCAACAACCAGUCUUCAAAUGGUUGGCAUAGCGUUGACUUGUGUUGGCCUCUACCUCUACGAUCGGACCAGCAUGGAAGACGCGGCGGAACGCAGAGCAAAGACUGACCACUUCCGACACGCCAAGCAGCCUCUGCUGCCAUUGACCGAGAUGUCUGAACAGGAUCAAAACGGGCACUUAGCCCAGCCGCGGAGGCUCAGCAUGAAUCUAAAUGAGAAAUUCACAUUCCCCGCUGGCGGGAACAAGCGCGAAGACAGUCCCCAUAGGCGGGAGAAUCAGCGGUCAGAUUUAUUGCCGCCGGGUACCAAACAGGAGACCACCUGGACUGCCGCUGAUGGCAAGGCUUGA